UGUGGUUGCGAAACGGAAGUAGACAUUUGCGAACAAACUUACAUCUCCAUAGUAAACGUAUAAUUUGUGUAUAUGAAAGUUAUGCUUACUACCACAAAUGAAAUUAGAAACAUAGAAUUCUUUCAAGCCGAAAAUUUUUGAGGUUAUCAUUAACUGUCAUCUAAACGAUAUUUGUUUUAUGAUAUGUUCUGCAAAUUUUGGUUUAUCCCAAGGAUUGUCUGUAGUAUGUGAAGGAGUUCUAAGGGUACCGUUAUCAUUUUUGUAUUGUUUCUUGCAUUAUAAACACGAAAACAAAAACUUGUGCAGCUGCUGGGUGUUUUGUCAUCCAGAAAGCGAGGCAUCAGUUUCUUCAGCUUUCCAAGGGAUCCAGCACGGAGCGUGCUGCAGUGAAUACCUGGCGACAGCUGUGUUUGUUGAAGAGGUUGACAACUUCUUUGAUAGUUUGAAUGGUGGAACAUGUGUUGACCCUUGGAAAACACUGCAUUGCCUGCUCAACAAUAACAGUCCCCAUAUAGAGCACUGGAAAAGGGCAAGUAUGGGGAUAAAGAGCUGGCUCUUCCUCAAGGAUGGUAAACCUGCCUUUCUUCAACCCCCUUCUUCACAGAAUGGGUGGCUAAUUGACAUCACUGCUGCCCAGCAUCUGUGGAGGGCACUGAAAGAGGCAGGUUCUAAGUACCUUCACACCCGAAACCUGAAUCAGGAUCCCCUUGAGAACACAUUUGGGGCUAUUCGUUUGAACUGUGGUUCUAACAAUAACCCAACAGUGGGACAGUUUGUAGAUGCCCUGAAGACCAACAUCAUCAGUGGCCUUGCUUUUAGAGGUCUGGGGGGAACUAAUUGUGAGGAUGAUUAUUAUUAUUAUUAUUAUUAUUAUUAUUAUUAUUAUUAUUUCCUUAUUCCAUUACAUCUAUAGUAGGCAAAAGCCUUAGAUACAGAAUUGUGUCAAUUUAUCUUGCUAAUACUCAUAAGCAAUUGUCAAGAAGACUUAUAAAGUAAGACAAUGCAUGUUUACAUCAUAAUACAAUUUGUCUCUAGCACAAUACAUUCAAAUUUAUCGUUGAUUAAAAUUUAAGAUAAAAGUUUUCAUCAAAAGUAACAGAAUAUCUUAUACAUAUAUAACAAAUCCAAGAUAUAAAAACAUUACAUUUAUAAAAUUACAAAAUUAAAAUUUCAUGAUGACUACAUAUCAUUUGUCCCUAGUCCAAUAAAACAUACAAUCAGGCCUCGUACAGACAGCCCAAGUUGUCAGGAUAACACACACAGGUCGCGGGAAAACCACUGUCAAAUUCACAACUUGCCAUUCCACAUACUGGUAGGCCAUAUCAUCCAAAUAGUUAGAUUAGAAAACAUUAGUUGUAUAAUAAUUAUCUCUUAAAAUAUUCAUCAAGUGUAUAAAAAGAGUUUAUAUACAGAAAUUCCUUCGAAUUGUUUUUAAACUUAUUUAUAUCAUUAGAAAUUACUUUAAUUUUAUUAGGUAGUGCAUUGUAAAUCCUUAUGGCCAUGUGAAUUACCCCAUUACCAUAUUUCACCAAAUUUACCUGGCUCAUAUGUAUG